AUCGAUUUUAUAUUGUAUGCACACGCCUAUCAGAUUCUGCUUGAAUUUUGUCGCAAACUGGUGUUCCAUAUCAUAUCCAGCUUCCUCUAAGAUCAAGAAUGUUUUGGAGCAUGGGGUUGCUCUCUUGUGUCAUAGCUUGUGUCUGUGGGUUGCUCGAGUUGUUGUUUUUCCUCCUCCGUGUCCUGGUGUUGUCCUUCAUUGUGAUCCUGCUGUUGCUGCCUGUUCUGGUCUUGCUCUACUUGCUGUACAAGCUGGUGGUGUUUGUUAUAAGAGCUGAUGCUGAUCUCACACUCCUCUUCAAAACACUAAAGCCCCAUUACUUUGACAACAAGGUGGUGUGGGUCACUGGAGCCUCUUCUGGAAUUGGAGAGGAGCUGUGCUACCAGUUGUCUAGACUGGGUGCUAGAAUAAUUCUCAGUGCAAGGUCAGAGGACAAACUGAAGGUGGUCAGGGAGGGACUCGAAAAACCCAACCAGGCAAAGAUCCUGCCAGUUGACCUGAGUGACCCCUCUGCCACUAGGGAGGCUACUGAGAAGGCAAAGGCUCUGUUUGGAGGAAUAGACAUUCUCAUCAACAAUGCAGGUGUCUCUGCCCGGUCGAAUUUCAUUGAUAUGCAAGAGCCUACACACAGACAUAUCAUGGAGGUUGACCUCUUUGCACCCUGGAUACUGACCCAUGACGUCUUACCAGGAAUGCUCUCCUCUGGUUUUGGUCAUGUGAUCAAUAUCUUGUCCAUUGCGGGGAAGUUUGGCACUAACAGCAGAACUUCGUAUACCACAGCCAAGUUUGGGCUGAUGGGAAUGAUGGACUCCCUUCGCUGGGAGGUUAUGGACAGAAACGUCCAUAUAACUAAUGUGUGUCCCGGGCCAGUGAGAACUUGUAUGGCAGAGAAUGCUCUCUUAUCUGAUGGCUCCACCAGCAAAAAAAAGAAUCCUCUCAUUGAGGGCGGGAUGAGAGUUCAAAGAUGUGUGGAGCUCACUCUGAUUGCUGCAUCCAAUCAACUCAAUGAGGUAUGGAUCUCCAAGCAGCCCUACCUCCUCCUCCCUUACCUGGCUCAGUAUGCUCCCUCACUCUGCAAGUACCUACUGCGCCAACCUCCCACAUCAGCAAGAGAAAGGCCAGAAAGAGAGCUCAAAUAUCAAUUACCAGACAUAGUAGUUGUAUAAUAGUUAUUAUGCCAAUCAUUUUUAUACACAGACUACAUGUAGCUAUAUGCAUGUAUAUAAUAGUAGUGAGAAUCAUACCAUUCAAUGCCGAAUUUAUAGGCAAAAUA